UGAGAAUGAUUAAAAUCAAGGCAAGUUGAAAAAUGUCAUAAUGUCCCAGCAAGACUCAGAUGAGAAUUUUUACAGUGCGGAGGACGCAUACUACGAAGACUCCAUCUCAUCCAUCAUAUCCGACUCUGAGUUGUCGCAAAAUGAAACCAGACAAUCAUACCAGGAGGUCAUAAUACCGAACACGAUUAACCUUUCCAACAAUGUUUAUGAUGGUACGGCAAACUCUGUAAACACCCUAAAUAGCUCUUCACAUACGCAACCAGUUGAUGAUUCCGGUACAGCCUCUGCGCAAAUUGGCACAUUUUUCGGGCGUCACGAAGAAAGUACAGCCUCAGUCAACGCUCCAGGUACUGCAACUUCUUCUCUGGCGAACAGCACAAGCUAUUCAUUCCAUUCACCCUCAAGCAGUGUUGGUAGUCCAAGUGUUGUGAGAAGUUCGAACAAUGAAUCAGAAGAAGUUCAGUUCCAUUAUGAGAUAUCCAGAGCAUCUCGUCAUUCUGAGGCCAGUACAGUUUCUGUUUCACAAGUCGCAGAAGACGAGCAGCAAGAAGUGAUGGUAAUGGACCAAUCAGAAGAAGACGAUGAAGAUAUUCUGGACUACAACGAAGACAACGAGGAGGUGGAUUCCAACACUGAAGAUGAGGAUGAGGGAGAAGAGGCCGAGAAUGCGGAAGGGGGUCCAAAUGGAGUCGGAAUCAUGGCUACGAAUCUGGCUGAACUGGCUGUGCUCACGGGAACUGGUGCUAACAUGUACGUAGAAACACGUCGUAGAGGCAUAGGUUUUCAAAAUCUGUUCACCUAUAUUAGACGAGGUGCUUUCAGACAUCCUGGCGAGAGGGUGCGACAAAUUGAUGAUGCAAAUGUCCCUGGUCUAUCUUCAGACCAGAUCCAAAGCAUGAAUUUUGACCUGAGUUUGCCGGAUAGACACCAGUACUUAGGCGAUGAUAUGGAAGUAUUAGCUGGGAGAACAGUGCACGAGGAAAAGGAUGUUUUGGUCCUCCCUUUCAUGCGCCAGGUUGCCCAUGUUUUGCUUCCUAAACAGUCGAUGCCGAUGUACUUCAAUCGCCAGACAGACGUGGCGCUUCUGCGUCGUGUGUUGUCGGGUGACAAAACAUUUGUUAUACUUCCCCUUUUGGAUCGAGUAUCAGUUCGAAACUUUGUGCACUCUGAAGCUGUCGGAAAAAUUGCUGUCAUAGCCGAAGUUGUGAUGUCUUCCGAAGAUGACCUGGAUAAUUUUAAGGUCAUAGCGGAAGGACGGCAGAGGUGUCGCGUGCUUGAAUACUUGGGCACUUAUCAUGGCGAUGGUGUGAAGUCUCUAAGGGUGCAGAUUCUGCCGGACAACAACCUGCAAUAUAACUUGUUCCAAGAUAUUGACAGGCACCUUUCUUUGCAAUACCUUACCCUUUCGAACUCUAAACACAUACACAGUCCAUACUCCAUUUCUCCAAAAUAUCACCCAUGGAUUAUUGAAGCGAAUAAUGUCUACGCUUUGAUGGCUCAAAUUAGAAACAUUUUGUGCUCGUUAUUUAAAAAUGAAAGUGGUAUGGCGAAGUUGGUUUACGAUGAUCCGAGUGACUUCUCGUUUCUUGUUGCCAGUUUUCUGCCUCUAUCGAACCGAGUGAAGCACAAACUACUUGAAAGCAGCUGUGCCUUGCAUCGACUGAAAUUAGAACGAGAGUUCCUGAGAAGGUGUGAAUUCCUCUAUUGUUCCCAAUGUGGGGAUAAACUGGCCAGUGUGUCGGAAGUGAUUGUCAUGUCGAAUACAGGGGCACUGGCCAGUUAUGUCAACCCAGUGGGAGUGAUCUACGAGACUUUGACUCUGAAUAAGCUUUCGGUCAGGGUCAAUUGUGUGGGUCGACCUCAAACGGAAAACAGUUGGUUCCCUGGUUAUGCGUGGACUCCAGCCUCGUGCGAUGGCUGCCAUUCACAUUUGGGCUGGCUGUUCACAAAAGCAAAAGGUGCGCCAGUAACCCUGAAGCCCAACAGGUUCUGGGGUCUGUCUCACUCGGCCCUCUCGCUGGACACGAGCAUAGAAAGAUACUUGCUCGGAAUGCCGACUUCUGCGAUGUAAAGUACUAAAAGAAUGACAGCAAUUGUAAAAACAAAAUCAUCUAAUUGUGUAUUGAAAAAUGAGUUUGAGGCUAAAUAAUAUCGCUAUUACGUAGUUCAAUUUAGAAAAAUAGAAAUAUUUGGAAAU